AUGCCUCGGGAAUUCCAUCGUCGUUAUCAAAGGUUUUGGCGGCGCCAUGCCACCGAACAUCACCACAAGCUUCUUGGUUGGUUUAUCAGACUGCUCGACCAUCUCGGCGCAAUGCACUAUCAUACUGGAUUUGGCAUCUCUCAAAGGGUGUUGAUUACAGCGCUAAAGGAAGACGAGGCUGGAAAGGGAAGCAGGUUCAGGCGAUAUUCCACGAAUAUCAAUUCAGUUCGUGCAGCCAUGUCGUCGCGAAACAGACAAUCAAGAACACCGGCCAGCCGAACUUCCAUGGUGGCCAGCUCCGCCCGUCGUGAGGCAACAGACGACCUCCCGCCCUACAAAAAACCAUCCCAUCCACUAGAUGCCGAAGCCACCAGAGCACUACGUGAACUACAAGGACGCAACCUUGAUAGUGUGAAGAAGCACAACAAGCAGGCCACAACGGCCAUCACCCAGUCUGCCGAAAGCGUCAAUGACAUGCUCCGUGAACACGCCCAGUACAUUGAGCGCCGCCAGAAGAAGUGGGACGCAGGCAAGAGUCUAGAUGACAAGGAAGAGGAAGAACGCACCAUGGCCGAGCUGCAGGAAAAAGUAAAUGAAGCUACCACCAAACUGGAAGAGAGCAUGCGCGCCAUUAUCGACUCGACCAUGGCCACCCAACGCAUCGACUCCACCCUCGACUGGCUUCGCGAAAACGCCCCCCGACAGCUCGAGGCAGAAUACAUGACGCAAAUGAGCCAACGCGCCAGCCAACUCCAGCAAUCCCAACUCGCCCGCCAAUCCCACAACGAAGACUCAGACGCCGACGACCAAGACAUACAAAACAGCACCACCAACACCUCCACCCCAGGCCCCACCCCCCUCACCAACACCCCGCGCAUCGCCCUAACCGGACCCUCCCACCUCUUCACCACCCGCCUCGAGCGCGAAAAAGACGCGUACACCGCCCUCUCCCUCACCACGCGCUACGCCCGCCACAACGACUACCGCGACUUCCGCCGCCUCGUGCAUGACGCCCAACACGGGGACUCGGGCCCACCCCUCGGCCACGAAGACACCUGGUUCAGCGCGGAUGGCUCCCCGGCCCCCGGCCUCACCCACGCCUCCCAGCGUGGCGGCGCCCCAGACUCGGACGAUGAUCUCAUCGUCGACAAGGCGAGCAUCAGCACGCGCUGUCCGCUGACGUACCAGCGCUUUCAGGACCCGUGGACGAGCACAAAGUGCCCGCAUACGUUUGAGCGGAAUGCCAUUCUCGAGAUGAUUAGGGGGAGUGCGCAUCGGGUUGGUGGGAGUGGGGAGCGGGUGGUCGAGUGUCCGAUUCAGGGGUGUGCGCAGCUGUUGACGGCGGGGGAUUUGAGGAGGGAUCCGAUUUUGAUUAGGAGGAUUAGGCGGUUGAUUCGUGCAGAGGAGGAAGGGUUGGAGGAGGAUGAGGAUGAGGAAGAGGGGGAGGAUGCAAUGGAAGAGGACGAGGAGGUGAAAAUACCAGGUACACAACACACAGUCAUCGAAGACCUGGGCGAUCCAAGCGACACCGACGAAUAA